CCAAAUUACUGAAAUUAGGACCCAAUAAACCCUAAUCACAAGUAUAAAAUCCCUCAAAUUCAAUUGAAGAGCAUCAUAUCUCAUUCUCUUAAUCCCCUUUUCUCUCUGCGCUCUCUCUCGCCGCUGGCCGCUCGAUCUGCAAUAAUUUCAAUCUUGCUUUCUUGUUGUUCUUAUUUUUUUAUUUUGUUUUCUCUUAUCGCUCUAAUAUUGUUUUUUUGCAGGACCCUUGUUCAUUUUAUUAAUCAAUUUUUUUCUGUAUAAUCCAUAAUUGAAAUUUUGUAUCUGUAGUAGUGUUUUUUUUGUGUUAUUAACGUGAUGGAUGCAGGAUUGAGGAACUCCGCUUCAUCUAACAAGACUGAAUCCCGUCUUCCUCUUCACGAGCAAUAUCUGCAAAGGAAAAAGUCUCGUGAAAAUUUGGAUAGGUUCAUUCCUAAUAGAUCUGCAAUGGACUUUGACUUUGCCCAUUAUAUGGUGACGGGAGGGAUGAAAGGUAAGGAAAAUCCAGCCACCAGCUCACCGUCCAGGGAAACAUAUAGAAAACAGCUAGCUGAGGUCCUUAACAUGAACCGGACACGGAUACUUGCUUUCAAGAACAAACCACCCACCCCUGUGGAGGGCAUUCCAAGUGAGUUCACUUCUGCUGCUUGCCAGGCCAAACCAGUUAAACCCAGGCGUCACAUUCCUCAGACUUCUGAGAGGACUUUGGAUGCUCCAGACAUUGUCGAUGAUUACUACUUGAAUCUAUUAGAUUGGGGCAGCAGCAAUGUUCUUUCUAUUGCUCUGGGUAGUACUGUUUACCUGUGGGAUGCAUCUGAUGGUAGCACUUCCGAACUGGUCACAAUUGAUGAUGAAAAUGGUCCUGUUACAAGUGUUAAAUGGGCUCCAGACGGGAGGCAUAUUGCUGUUGGCUUGAACAACUCUGAUGUGCAGCUUUGGGAUACCACAGCUAACCGAUUGUUGAGAACUUUGAGAGGUGGCCACCAAUCACGAGUCGGUGCCCUUGACUGGAACAACCAUAUUCUGACUACCGGUGGAAUGGAUGGUUUGAUUAACAACAAUGAUGUCCGAAUUAGAGCACCUAUUGUAGAAACAUAUAGAGGACAUCAUCAAGAAGUCUGUGGCCUAAAAUGGUCUGCCUCUGGCCAGCAGUUGGCUAGUGGAGGAAAUGAUAAUCUCCUCCACAUAUGGGACAGAUCAACAGCUUCUUCCAACUCCUCGACACAGUGGCUUCACAGGCUUGAGGAUCACACUGCUGCUGUUAAGGCGCUUGCUUGGUGUCCAUUUCAGGGUAAUUUGCUGGCCUCCGGUGGAGGUGGAAGUGACAGGUGCAUAAAGUUCUGGAAUACCCAUACUGGUGCUUGCGUGAAUUCAGUUGACACAGGAUCACAGGUCUGUGCACUGCUCUGGAACAAGAAUGAGCGUGAACUGCUAAGCUCACAUGGAUUUACUCAGAACCAGCUUACCCUCUGGAAAUACCCAUCAAUGGUAAAGAUGGCAGAGCUUACUGGACAUACAUCCCGAGUUCUUUUCAUGGCUCAGAGUCCAGAUGGUUGCACAGUUGCUUCUGCAGCAGGAGAUGAAACACUGAGAUUCUGGAAUGUUUUUGGAACCCCUGAAGUAGCAAAACAGGCACCAAAAUCAAAUCCAGAGCCCUUCGCUCAUGUCAACCGAAUUCGCUGAACAACCGCCCUCUGGCCCGAGAUGUCUCCUUUGAACAAAAUUUGUAUUUGAGUUCUUUUUGUUUUUGGGAGCAGACAAUAUAGCCUGUUGUUUGAAAUGUAUCUAAUAACUUGUGUUUUUGCUUUGGGUUAUUUUAUUUUAUUCUUUAUGUGUUGUGCCCUUCUCCUUUUUUCGGGUACUUUGUUUCAUCUGUUGGUCACCUAUUGUGACAAAUCACCAAAGAAUCAGCAUUAAUAAUAAUAUUUUCCAUUUUUCUGCCC